AUGCAUCAGGGACGACGCCAGGCCGAAGAGAUCAACCGCUUCCCCAACUUCCCGCGGUUGAGGGCGGAAACCACUACCCGCGCUCCCUUCGGCUCCGAUGGAGGGGCAGGAAAGCAGCACCCGUCAGCAAGCCGGCUCAGGGGUGGGAAAGAGGCCGCAGCCGGAUACGAGAGCUGGGGUCUCAGGCAUCGGAGGCCCCUGCAUCUCCUUCCGAGCAGCUCUGAGGAAAACUGCGUUCCACCCAAGUUGUCCCCCAAGUUGGGGAACGACGAUCCGUGCGGCCAGGGCGCGAGAGGUUGGUCCCCCUCGCGCAACAGCCGUGAGCGAUUUCUCCCUCGCUCCUGCUGGGGGGCCCUGGGCAGACGCAUCUCCCUCCGCGAGUCCCCGGAGCCCCCUGUUAACGGGGAUCACGAAAGGUGCAGCGAGAGGAGGAAAGGGCACGCGGCGGUGGCGCAUCUUUAUUCCACGGUUGCCAACGCCACUGCUGCACGCGAACGCCUCCCCCGGCGCCUCCGAGGUCGCCCUGCGUCACUGUCUCUUUGCAGAGGCCGGAUCACUCGCCCCGGGUCGCCGACACAAAAGCGGAGGGCGGUGUACUCGAACUCGGAGCCGGGUCGCGAGCCCGAGCUCCGAGCGUACGCAGACCCCGCAGGAGAGGGGGCCCAGAUCCCUCACGGUUCCCAGAGGUGUCGGGUCCAAGAAUUGCCCCAAGGGUCCCCAUUCCCCGGCUUGCUGUUGGCGAGCCGCAGCCCUCGCCACGGCCACCCCUGCGAUCUCUGGGGCACAGUGGGCCCUUGCACUGCUGAAGCGCAGGCUGUGGCCACCCGGCGCCUGGUGCAGCGCGGCCUCCUGCCGGCCCCGCAAGCCGACGUGGAUGACCUGUGCAAGCUGCCCGAGCUCACGGAGGACGGCCUGCUCAAGAGCCUCCGGUGCCGCUUUCUGCAGCAGAAGAUCUACACCUAUGCUGGCAGCAUCCUGGUGGCCGUGAACCCCUUCAAGUUCCUGCCCAUCUACAACCCCAAGUACGUGAAGCUCUACGAGAACCAGCGGCUGGGUAAGCUGGAGCCGCACGUGUUUGCACUGGCCGAUGUGGCCUACUACACCAUGCUGCGCAAGCGUGUGAACCAGUGCAUCGUCAUCUCGGGCGAGAGCGGCUCAGGCAAGACGCAGAGCACCAACUUCCUCAUCCACUGCCUCACCGCGCUCAGCCAGAAGGGCUACGCCAGCGGCGUGGAGAGGACCAUCCUGGGCGCCGGGCCUGUGCUGGAGGCCUUCGGGAAUGCCAAGACGGCCCACAACAACAACUCCAGCCGCUUCGGCAAGUUCAUCCAAGUCAACUACCUGGAGAGCGGCAUCGUGAGGGGGGCUGUCGUGGAAAAAUACCUGCUUGAGAAGUCCCGCCUGGUGUCCCAAGAGAAGGAUGAGCGGAACUACCACGUGUUUUAUUAUUUGCUCCUCGGGGUCAGUGAGGAAGAACGCCAAGAGUUUCAGCUCAAGCAGCCGGGAGAUUAUUUCUACCUCAACCAGCACAACUUGAAGAUCGAGGAUGGGGAGGACCUGAGGCACGACUUCAAGCGGCUCAAGCAGGCCAUGGAGAUGGUGGGCUUCCUCCCGGCCACCAAGAAGCAGAUCUUCUCCAUGCUCUCUGCCAUCCUGUACCUGGGCAACGUCACCUAUAAGAAGAGGGCCACAGGCCGUGACGAGGGCCUGGAGGUCGGGCCCACCGAGGUUCUGGACACGCUGUCGCAGCUCCUGAAGGUGAAGCGAGAGAUCCUGGUGGAGGUCCUGACCAAAAGAAAAACGGUGACAGCCAACGACAAGCUCAUCCUGCCAUACAGCCUCAGCGAGGCCAUCACUGCACGCGACUCCAUGGCCAAGUCCCUGUAUAGCGCCCUGUUUGACUGGAUCGUGCUGCGCAUCAACCACGCGCUCCUGAACAAGAAGGACAUGGAAGAGGCCGUCUCGUGCCUGUCCAUCGGGGUCCUUGACAUCUUUGGCUUCGAAGACUUCGAGCGGAACAGCUUCGAGCAGUUCUGCAUCAACUACGCCAACGAGCAGCUGCAGUACUACUUCAUCCAGCACAUCUUCAAGCUGGAGCAGGAGGAGUACCAGAGCGAGGGCAUCGCCUGGCACAACAUCGCCUACACGGACAACGUGGGCUGCAUCCACCUCAUUGGCAGGAAGCCCACCGGCCUCUUCCACCUGCUGGACGAGGAGAGCAACUUCCCCCAUGCCACAAGCCAGACCCUGCUGGCCAAGUUCAAGCAGCAGCACGAGGACAACAAGUACUUCCUGGGCACCCCGGUCAGGGAGCCCGCCUUCAUCAUACAGCACUUUGCAGGGCGAGUCAAGUACCAGAUCAAGGACUUCAGGGAGAAGAACAUGGACUACAUGCGGCCUGACAUUGUGGCGCUGCUGCGGGGCAGCGACAGCGCGUAUGUGCGGGAGCUCAUCGGCAUGGAGCCUGUGGCCGUGUUCCGCUGGGCCAGGCAGCCCCAGCCCCACAAAAACAGCAGUGAAGUGAUCUCAGUCUCUGUUGGGGAGCAAGGCUGGGUGGGCUGUGGGAGGCCCUGCAAGCAACGUCCCCCUGUCCCCGCAGGUACAGACAGCCCAGGUGCACAGGCCCAGCCCGGAGCACUGCCCACCGGAGCCCACACACCCUCGGAAAAACUUUACCGCGACCUACAUCAGCAGAUGAUCGAGAGCAUCAAGGGCUUGCCCUGGCAGGGCGAGGACCCCCGCAGGCUGCUCCAGUCCCUCGGCCGGCUCCAACAGCCGCGCACCUGCGUCCUGAAGAGUAAAGGUAUCAAACAAAAGCAGACCAUUCCCAAGAACCUGCUGGACCGUGCAUCUCUGAAGCUGAUCGUCAGCAUGACGCUGCACGACCGCACCACCAGGUCCCUGCUGCACCUGCACAAAAAGAAAAAACCGCCCAGCAUCAGCGCCCAGUUCCAGACGUCCCUGAAUAAGCUGCUGGAGACGCUGGGCAAGGCCGAGCCCUUCUUCAUCCGCUGCAUCCGCUCCAAUGCUGAGAAGAAGGAGCUGUGCUUUGAUGACGAGCUAGUCCUGCAGCAGCUGCGCUACACAGGGAUGCUAGAGACCGUGCGCAUCCGCCGCUCCGGCUACAGCGCCAAGUACACCUUCCAGGACUUCACAGAGCAGUUCCAGGUGCUGCUGCCCAAGGACGCCCCACCCUGCCGCGAGGUCAUCUCAGCGCUACUGGAGAAGAUGCGAGUGGACCGGAGGAGCUACCAGAUCGGGAAGACCAAGGUCUUCCUAAAGGAGACGGAGCGCCAGGCCCUUCAAGAGACGCUCCACCGCGAGGUCGUGCGCAAGAUCCUGCUGUUGCAGAGCUGGUUCCGCAUGGUGCUGGAGCGCCGCCACUUCCUGCAGAUGCGCCGUGCGGCCGUGGCCAUCCAGGCCUGCUGGCGUUCCCACCACGUACGCCGGGCACUGGAGAGGACACAGGCCGCUGUGUGCCUGCAGGCAGCGUGGAGGGGCUACCACCAGCGCAAGGCCUACCGCCACCAACGCCAGAGCGUCAUCCGUCUGCAGAGCCUGUGUCGUGGCCACCUACAGCGCCGGAGCUUCAGCCAGAUGCUUGCUGAAAAGCAGGAGGAGGAGGAGCGGGCGAGGGAGGCCCUUGAGACCGCAACGGUGCAGGACGCGGAGGUCCCCGAGGAGCAGGUGCCCGGGCAGGAUACGGAGGCAGCUGGGGACAGUGCGCACCUUGCGCCUGCGCCCGAGGCACAGCUGGAGGAGCGAUCACAGGCGGAGGAGGGGGCAGCGCCAGCGCCACCGCAGAUGGCGCAGUGGGAGAAGCGCAUCUCCUUGUCUACAGGUGACAUCUCUAAGCUCUCCCCGUCUAAGGCACAGCCUUCCUUAGAAACUGACGCAGAGCCCAGCACCAAGAAGCCAACCGUGCACAAGAAGAAGUCGGGUGAUGCCGCCUCUGGCCCAGACGCAGGGCUGUCGCCGGGCUCCCAGGCCGACUCUAAAUCUACUUUUAAGAGACUUUUCCUACCUAAGACCAAGGAUAAGAAGUACAGCCAGGAGGGCGUGGAAGAGACGGAGAACGCAGGGUCUGGGCACAUUGCGCUGGAAGCCACCACUGUGAAGAGGAAUCUGGAAGCCCCGUUCGGCCACCAGCCACGCCAUGCGGCCAGCGAGAAGCAUACGAAGGAUGCGGGUGGCAAAGGGAAGAAGAACCGCAACCUCAAGAUCGGCAAGAUCACGGUGACGGAGAAGUGGCGGGAGUCGGUGUUUCGCAAGAUCACCAACGCCAAUGAGCUCAAGUACCUGGACGAGUUCCUGCUCAACAAGAUAAAUGACCUGCGCUCCCAGAAGACACCCGUCGAGAGCCUGUUCAUUGAGGCCACUGAGAGGUUCCGCAGCAACAUCAAGACCAUGUACUCUGUCCCGAACGGAAAGAUCCAUGUCGGCUACAAAGACCUGAUGGAAAACUACCAGAUCAUCGUUAACAACCUGGCCAGUGAGCCCGGCGAGGACACCAACCUGGUCCUCAACCUCUUCCAGUCGCUGCUGGAUGAGUUCACCCGUCGCAGCUCCAAGAACGACUUUGAGCCUGUGAAGCCCAGCAAAGCUCAGAAGAAGAAGCGGAAGCAGGAACGAGCCGUGCAGGAGCACAAUGGCCAUGUGUUCGCCAGCUACCAGGUCAGCAUCCCGCAGUCUUGCGAGCACUGCCUCUCCUACAUCUGGCUCAUGGACAAGGCCCUGCUCUGCAGCGUGUGCAAGAUGACCUGCCACAAGAAGUGCGUGCACAAGAUCCAGAGCUACUGCUCCUACCUCAGCGGGCGGAAGGUGAGCCCUCGCCCCGCUCCACUCGCCGUCCUCCUGGGGCUCCGACAGCCCCCAGGGUGCAGCUGCCCCGGGAGGGCCCUGCCCACUAUCGCGCUGACCACCGGAGGGGACGCGGGUGUUCCCCCGGGGCUGGGCUCCCUCCUGUCCUGGUCCUGGGCGCAGGCCGGCCGCCCUAACUGCCGGUGGCCGUGCAGGGUGGCCCUGCUGGAGGAUGUGAACCGCAUGUCGCCCGGGGCGCUGGCCAUCAUCUUCGCGCCCUGCCUUCUGCGCUGCCCGGACAACUCGGACCCGCUGACCAGCAUGAAGGACUUGCUCAAGAGCACCGCGUGCGUGGAGAUGCUGAUCAAAGAGCAGAUGCGGAAGUACAAGGUGAAGAUGGAGGAGAUCAGCCAGCUGGAGGCGGCGGAGAGCAUCGCCUGCCACAGGCUCUCCCUCCUGCAGCAGAGCGCACCUUGGCCUUUCAAACUGGGUUUCUCAUCUCCCUGUGAGGGGGUGCUGAGCAAGAGCCCCAAGACCCCCGUGAGCCGCGACAGCAGCCUGGAGGAGCUGGAGGCACUGCCUGAGGAGGGACCAGCGAUAGCAGCCAGGGAUGACGAGGACCGAGAGAAGGAGAUCCUCAUGGAGCGCAUCCAGUCCCUCAAGGAGGAGAAGGAGGAUAUCACUUACCGGCUGCCGGAGCUGGACCCCAGGGGCUCGGACUCCGAGACGUCGGCCAGCACCGAGAGCCUACUGGAGGAGCGGGCUGGGCGGGGGGCCGCGGAAGGUCAGUAUUAAGGUAGGGUCUGCUCCGCAGCUGCCCAGGCG